CGUACUAGUAGGUACGUGGUUGUUAUUUAGUUUAUCGGUCUGUGUUCGCGUCGUUCAGUCGUUGUUGCGGUGCGCGCGAAGCUACCGUUUGCCACAAAUUAAUUUGGCGCGAAAAUUAGACGUUAAAUAAGUUUAACUGUGACAUCUAGAUCAGUAGAGUGAUUAUUGACAGGGGAUAGCCCACAGGUGCAUCGAUUUUUUUUAUCUAAUUCUGUAUUUAGGCAACGGUAUUUUAACAGUUUCACGAUGUCCGCUCAAAAAGCGGAAAUAUCUGAUAGACCUGAAACUCUAAGCAGACAGCACAGCGAAUGCGGCAGCGCAGUAAAAUUAAAACGAGAACUCGGCUUGUUCUCCGCUGUUAACCUAAUUCUUGGGGUAAUGAUUGGAUCUGGUAUAUUCGUUUCCCCAGCUUCAGCAUUGGAGUAUUCUGGGUCCGUAGCGCUAUGUCUAAUAAUAUGGACAGUUUCAGGAAUAAUAUCCUUACUAGGAGCAUUAUCGUUCGCUGAGUUAGGAACUGUAGUUGGAAAAUCAGGAGCCGAGUAUGCAUAUUUUCAGGAAGCCUUUGGGAAAAUUCACAAAUUUUGGGGUCCAUUACCGUCUUUCUCAUGUGCUUGGAUCUAUGUAAUGAUCCUUAGACCGGCAGAAGUAGCUAUUGUAGUAAUGACAUUCGCCGAAUAUGCAAUUCAGCCAAUUACCAUUGAUGUACAUCCAGAUUAUAAAGACAAUGCCAUCAAACUAGCAUCACUCGCAGCCUUGUUCAUCAUGACCUACAUCAACAUAACUAGCGUCAAAUUGUUCGUGAAGGUACAGAACGUCUUUGGAGUGUGUAAAGUUCUAGCGUGCCUCGUCGUCAUUGGUGGAGGCAUCUACGAAAUCGCGAAAGGCAACACCUCUCACUUAAAUAAAGGUUUUGAGGGUAGCACAACUAAUCCCGGAAGUAUUGCUCUGUCUUUGUAUUACGGGCUCUGGGCAUACGACGGCUGGAACAGCGUGACCGUUGUCACUGAGGAAAUCAUUAAUCCUGGCGUAAAUGUUCCGUUGAGCAUAUCAAUCGCCGUGCCGCUCAUCACGGCGCUGUACGUUUUCAUGAACGUUGCCUAUAUGACGGUGCUGAGCUACGCGGAAAUGACGUCCGGCACUGCGGUCGCGGUGGCGUUCGGCGCAAGAGUACUCGGGCCGUUUAGCUUCAUCAUGCCGCUCGGUGUUGCCGUGGCAACAUUUGGCUGCGCUAUGAGUGUGCAGUUUGGUGUUACCAGGGUGUGUUACACAGCGGCUCGUGGGGGUCACAUGCUUGAACUCUUCUCGUAUGUCAACAUAAAACGUCUAACACCCGCGCCGGCUGUGGCAUUUCAAGCCUUCUUAACGGCUAUAUUCAUAUCGGUCGGAAACAUCAAAACUUUAAUACAGUUCGCUAGUUGGUUCCUGUGGUUUUUCUACGGUCUCGCGAUGGUGGCGUUGUUGGUGCUCAGGAAGACUCAAGCCGCUAAACCACGUCCGUAUAGAGUGCCAACGCCUAUACCGGUUUUUGUGCUGAUUGUGGCCAUAUUCCUAUCGGUCCUGCCCAUAGUUGAAGACCCUUCCGUGAAAUAUCUAAUGGCCAUAGGAUUCAUUCUGCUAGGCGUCGUCGUGUACACUGUGUUUGUAUAUUACAAGAGAACUCCGUCGGCUUUAAUAAGAAAGCUCACGUUUGUCACUCAAAUUUUGUUCGAGAGCGUACCACCGAGCAAGGAUCAAGAUGACUGAAUCAUCCACUGGCCGCUAUGAUCUAAAAUAAGUUAAUAUAUAUAGUACAACAAUUAAAUAUAUUUUAAUUAACUAAAUAAAAUAUUCCAUGGACAGUGUC